AUGAAUAUCGCUCAUCCUCUUGGCGUCGACAUUAAAACUGCAACCUUCUCUUGUUAUACUUCUGAAGAAAUAAAGAAAUUAUCCGUCAAGGAGAUUAUCAAUCCAGUGCUUUUCGAUGCACUUGGUGCACCAACCAAUGGCGGAUUGUAUGAUUCGGCCCUAGGACCAUAUACCAGCAAUGCAAUUUGUGGGACAUGUGGACUUGAUCAAUAUAAUUGUCCAGGUCAUUUUGGGCACAUUCAACUACCCUGUCCUGUAUAUAAUCCAACGUUCUUUAACCGCAUAAUGGUUUUGUUAAAGGCUAUAUGUAUAAAUUGUCAUCGUUUUAGAUUAGGAUUACCACAGAAUUUCCUAUAUACUGCUAAAUUUAAAUUGCUAAAACAUGGAUUGAUCUUGGAAGCUCAAUGUCUUGAUGGGAUCACUGAUGAGGCUUUAUCAACCGAAGAAAACAAAUCUUCAAAGUUUGAUAUAAACGAAUACUGUCGUUUAAUUGACCAAUAUGUGAAUAAAUGUCAAAAGGAUGGUGGCGGAAAAAGAUAUAAGAUUACUGCGAUUAACGUAGAACGAAAAGCUUUAAUGACAGAAUUCCUAAAAAGGUGUUCAAUGACAAAGACUUGCGAAAAUUGUAAUUCUAUUUGUCGUUCAUUUAAAAAGGAAGGCUAUUCAAAAAUAUUUGUACUUCCAUUGUCAUCGAAAAAUAUAAAAGUUCAAGAAAAGCAAAAAUCUGUUGAGAGAGAAGAAUCUGACGAAGAUAAACGUUUAGAUGAUUUUUCCGACGAUCGUCACCAUAUUAGAAAAAUAACAUCUAAAGUAGAAUAUAUCACCCCCGAAUCAUUGCGUGGACAUCUCCGGGAACUGUUUAAGAAUGAAUCAAACCUAUGCGAAGUGCUUUAUGGAACACAAGGACUAUUAUUCCAAGAUUCUAGCCUCAGGGUUCCACAAGCAGUCACCGCGGAUAUUUUUUUCAUGGACACGAUAGCUGUAACUCCUACACGUUUCCGUCCGGCAUCUAUAGUUAACGAUCAAACAAUGGAGAAUCCACAGAAUGAACAUUUUGCUAGGAUUCUGAAAGCACGUCAACAAUUUUGUGAAUUUGCUGCAAUGGGUAAAAAUUCAAAUGCAGGGCACUCAAAAACAGUUGAACACAUGAUGAAAUGUUGGAUUAAUCUGCAGGACGCUGUUAACGGCUUGAUUGACAGUUCGAAAGGCAAUCUUCCAGUUGCUCGUGGAAAGGUUCCGGCUGCGGGUGUGAAACAAAUAUUGGAGAAAAAAGAAGGGUUAUUCCGUAGACAUCUGAUGGGAAAGCGGGUAAAUUAUGCGGCUCGUUCAGUAAUAUCACCUGAUCCUUACGUGGAUACGAACGAAAUUGGAGUGCCGCUGAGGUUUGCCAAGAAGCUAACUUAUCCAGAACCAGUGACCGCUUACAAUGUUAAAGAAUUAAGUCAGGCUGUAUCAAAUGGGCCAGAUAUUUGGCCAGGUGCCACCUUCAUACAGAAUGAGGAUGGUUCUAUGAUAAAUUUGGCGGGCUUGCCUCUGGAAUCACGUAUAUCUUAUGGACAACAAUUGAUGAAAGAACAACAGAGCAAAACAUCACUUACGCAAUAUUUGGUGAAAACGCCAUACAUAAACAAAAAGGUCUAUCGUCACCUGCGAAAUGGCGAUAUUUUACUCUUGAAUCGUCAACCCACUCUUCACAAACCUUCCAUAAUGGCGCAUCGUGCCCGUAUUUUGAAAGGAGAGAUGACAAUUCGCAUGCAUUAUGCUAAUUGUAAUUCUUAUAACGCGGAUUUUGAUGGUGACGAGAUGAAUAUGCAUUUUCCCCAAAAUGAAAUUGCCCGUGCCGAGGCUAUGCUAAUAGGUAAUACAAAUAAUCAAUAUCUUGGACCAACAUCUGGUUCUCCAUUGAGAGGGUUGAUUCAAGAUCACGUAGUGAUGGGGGUUUGGAUGACUAGUAAAGACACCUUUUUCGCAAAAUCUGACUAUCAACAGAUUGUGUUUUCUGCGUUAAGACCUGAUUCCAAUGAUUCAAGAAGAAUUCUGACAGUUCAUCCAGCUAUACAUAAGCCAAAACCGAUGUGGACUGGAAAGCAAGUGAUAGCCACUAUUUUGAAAAAUUUGAUUGGUGAUCUCCCUCCUCUAAAUUUAGUGUCUCAAAAUAAGAUUUCAUCUAAUUAUUGGGGUUGGAGUGCGUCCGAGGAAGAAACCGUUAUUUUCAUGGAUGGAGAUUUUCUCACGGGUGUUCUCGACAAAUCACAGUUUGGUGCAACAGCUUUUGGCUUGAUUCAUUCAUGCUACGAAUUAUAUUCUGCUGAUAUAGCAGGUCAGCUCCUUAGCGUUCUAGGUCGGUUAUUUACGGCAUAUGCACAACGGCGUGGUUUUUCGUGUCGCAUGGAUGACUUAAGGUUGACGUCUGAAGGCGAUAAAUGGCGUAAAGAAUUGAUGAACAAUAAUGUCGAACUCGGAAAAACGGUUUGCUUCGAUUAUGUGGGAAUUGAAAACACGGUGAAAAAUAAAAACUUUAAAAGUAUGAUGGAAGAGGUCUUACGAGAUUCUGAAAAACAUCGGGGAUUAGAUGCUGCUAUGAAAUCGAGAGUUAAUGUAGUGACAUCAUCAAUUAUUACAACAUGCAUACCUGGAGGAUUGUUAAAACGCUUCCCACAUAAUAACAUGCAAACCAUGACCAUAGCUGGUGCGAAAGGAAGCAAUGUGAAUGUAUCACAAAUCUCUUGUUGUCUAGGUCAACAAGAACUUGAGGGUCGUCGUGUGCCAGUAAUGGUAAGCGGAAGAACGCUUCCAUCUUUUUUACCUUAUGAUCCUUCAGCACGUGCUGGUGGAUUUAUUGGUGGGCGUUUUCUAACCGGCAUCAAACCCCAGGAAUACUUUUUCCAUUGUAUGGCUGGUCGCGAGGGUCUUAUUGAUACUGCCGUGAAGACAAGCCGCUCAGGUUAUCUUCAACGUUGCCUGAUUAAACAUUUGGAGAGUUUAAGGGUGCAUUAUGAUCACACUGUAAGAGAUAAUGAUGGAUCAGUUAUUCAAUUUCAUUACGGCGAGGAUUCUCUUGAUAUAGUUAAGCAGAAACAUCUUUACAAGUUUCAAUUUAUGGCGCGAAAUUAUAAAGCGUUAAUGAAAAAAUAUAACAUAACUGAGGCGCAAAAAAUGUUAAAUACUUCACGGGCAUCUAUUUAUUCAAAGAAAGCUGCAAAGAACCCUAAUAAGUAUGAUCCUGUGCUUUCUGUAUACUUCCCGAGUACAUCUCUAGGAUGCGUUUCUGAAAAAUAUCACAAUGCCUUGGAAAAGUAUACUAAAGAUAAUUCAGAAAAAUUCUUCGGAGAUGACUCCAUAUCAAAAGCGGCGUUCCGAAAACUCAUGCAUCUCAAGUACCUUCAUAGUUUAAUUGAACCUGGAGAGGCUGUUGGCCUGCUUGCUGCACAAGGUAUCGGCGAGCCGUCUACGCAGAUGACCUUAAAUACUUUUCAUUUUGCUGGAUUCGGUGCAAAAAACGUCACUCUUGGUAUUCCGCGUCUCCGUGAAAUUAUAAUGACAGCCUCUCAGAAUAUUAAGACACCUACGAUGACGCUUCCAUUAUUAAAAAAAGUUUCUGAUAAAGAGGCCUUAAGAUUUUGUCAAAAGAUUAGUAAGUUAACUUUGGCAGAAGUUGUAGAUCAAAUGGUAGUAACAGAACGUGUUUCAGGCAAACGAGAUGAAUCCGGAUUUACCAGAUGCAAAGUCUAUAAGAUUCACAUGCAAUUUUACACGCGCGAGGAAUACAAAGAAGAGUUUAAUCUUGAGCCGUGGGAAAUCGAGCGUGCAAUUGAAAUUCAAUUCAUGUAUUAUCUCGAGAGUGCAAUAACAAAACAUUUUAAAAACUCUUCUAAAAAUAUCAAGGACCUUCCUCUUGGUAAGUAUUCCGAGCGGCUAUCAGUGAUUACGUAA